AGUAGAAAAAGGGUACCAAAUCUUCUGUUAGCUCGUCCUUACCGAAACAAACAGACUUUCAUUAGUUUCCUACUACACAAAUGGCUUCAUUGUCUUUACUUGCCUAAAAACCAAUCUCAGAGUUUUAUAGAGCAUACGUUUUCGUCCAAGGGAUCUCUGAUGCCAUUUUCUGAUUAUUUUUUACUUCAUUUGCUGAAAGAUCAGAGCCAUAAAAAGCUCAAACAAAACGAAACCUUUUUCUUGUUGCUCUGCUUCUCUGGUUCAUAAAGUUUGUCUCUUUUCUCUCAAGCGGAUCUAGAUUCUGUUUUUUGGUAGAUAUAUAUGAGCAAAAUGGACCCGGAAAGUUGUUUGAGAUCGAUCAGUGUUUGUGAAAGUUCGAGUGGAUCUGCUGUGCUUGUCAAGGGUGAAACAAGUGACUCUGUCUCAAAACAUGUGUUGGUUGAACAACAAGCGGAAGAACAAAACGAGACUAAUAAACUGCAACAACAAGGAAAAGAAAACGGUUCAAGAACGGGCAAAGAUGAGUGCUGUAACGUUUCAGCACAUGUUGUUCAUGAUGAGGUAGAAAAGGAUACUUCAACACAUGUUUCAGGUUGUAUUACAGGAGAGAGUGAUGCUUCAACAAAGGCAAAGGAGGAGUUGUUCCACGUGGUUGACUUGAGUAGUUGUGGUGGAGAAAGUGAUGAUGGGCAAAGUAGCUGCAGAAUCUGUCAUUUUGGGUCUGAUCAAACACCUGAUAUAGUUUCUGGUAAGACGACAGUAAGCCUGGAGUUGAUUGAGAUUGGUUGCAAAUGCAAAAACGAGCUUGGCCUUGCCCAUUUUCACUGCGCAGAAGCUUGGUUCAAGCUAAGAGGAAACAGUGUGUGUGAGAUCUGCGGUUGCACAGCAAAGAAUGUUACAGUUAGCUUGACAGAGGAGGAGGAGUGGAGCGAAGCAAUAAUAGACACAAGAUUGGAUGAGAGAAGGCGUUCAAGUAGACAAUCUUGCUGCAUUCUUCUUGUUAUUAUGCUCACUAUCAUUCUGCUUCAUUGGUUUUUCAAAAAGCUUAAUCCUCACUAGACUCACUCCCUACAAAAAAAAAAAAGAA